AUGUCCCUUGAUUACUCCUUCUCCUUUGGAGAAAACUCCACCACGUUUUCAUUCGAAGAUGCAUUGAAUGAUACUUCCUUCAUGAUGGGAAGCAACAGAUCCAUGGGACAUAGCCGGUCUAGUUCUCACGCUUCUGCUUCAAUGUACUCUCAAGAAUCAUCUCCAGAACCACUCAACACCGGAAUGACCACUCCAGCAAGAUCUCCAAUCAGACAGCACGGCCCACUUUUGCUGCCAAAGAUCCGUCCACAAGAUCAAGAGAUUCAUGCUUCUCCACCUCCACCAAAAAGGUUCAAGAGAGCUCCAACUCACACUUCAACAACCACUUUCAAGCCGCAACACACCAGGAGUUACACCAACCCAGAAUCUGUUAGCUUCAUGCCACAGGUUCAAGACAACUUCCCAUCUCACACUCGUUCGAUGUCAACAUUAUGCUCCCCAGUUCCCUUUGCUCCAUCACACGAAAGAAGAUCCUCCAGCGUAAGCCUUGAUGGCCAGACCUUGGAAAAAUAUGGCUUCCCAACAUAUCGACAAAUGCCUUCAUAUAUACCCUCGGCAACUAAUUCACAAACCGAUAACUACAUAUCUCAAUCCUUUUACCAAACGCAUACCCCCCAGCGAACACCAUCGCCCCUUCAGAACAGUCUCUGCGCCGAGGAAAUUACAAUGAGUCCCAUCGAUGAUGGAAACAACACAUCUCUCUCCGCCUACCUUACAUCUCCCAACCCUGCUCCAGCACUCGUCCGUCAAAUCAACAUCCACAUUCGUGAUAGCUCUGCAAAACACUUCUGGUGGGACAUUCGCCAAAUCAGACCUUGGACAUCCUUCAAUCCAACAACCAUAAACAACAUCCCGGGACUUUCAGCACUCCUCAACAUUAACUUGCCAACAUCAACAUUCCCAAUUCCAGCUCGCACCUCCAGCACGCCAGAAUCAGAAUCAGAUCUUCAAAACAUCUACACAUCUUUCUACGGAACAAAACUGAAUGCUGCUCUCUCACUCUCUCUCGGACAGAGACAUUUAAUGAUGCGAGCUUCGAAGAAUACAUGUGAUCCAUCUUUCAUUUCAAACUACACCGACGACACCUCAGCACUCAUCUACGGUCGAGGACUUGGCCGUGUAGUGGGCUUGGUAAAAUCUUUCGAUAGAUGGAACACAGGUAUGCGUGUUGAGGGAAAUCACAGAAAGGUAGAGUACCUCCGUGGUCUCUCACAUCUCCAUCAACACAUGCGCUCCCACGGCUGUCGCUACGGCUUCAUUAUUACAGAGAUUGAGCUCGUUGUUGUACGAAACGGCUCGGAUUCUACUCCUCACUUCGGAUAUCUUGAGAUCCAAACUAUUCAACUGAAUACCCAUGACUCUACUCCAUCCACCACCUUAUUUUCCGAGUCAUCAUCGAGCUUCGAAGACUCGUUCUCUGACUCGGAAGAUAGCACUCCUACUCCCAAGCCGUUGAAAAUGACUGCUCUCAUGGCACUUUGGUACCUCCAUAUGUUGGCUAGAGAUGACACACUUCCUGGUCAAGUCGGAUGGAAAUCCGAAAUCGGUGCACCAGCUGAGGGAACAAGAAGAAAGACGCUGCCAAAAGAUGAGUGGAUCCCAGAACCCCAAUUGGCGGAGAAGAGAGAGGCGAAGCGAAGCAGAGGAUGGGUUUGGCCGGAAGAGAGUGUUGGGCGAAAGGAACUUGGGAAGAGAGGUGUUAGAUAUAGUUGUUAG